AAUGUAAGAGUAAGAAAUGAUGCAGCUACCUGUCACCCUAUAGUAAAAUACAAAAAAGCAUCUCUGACAGCUUUGGCUCCACGGUCUGUGGCCGGUUGAUCCAUACAGUAAAACCAGCUGUGUUCAUGAAGUCCUCUUAAAUUUGUUUUAUGGACUGAUUUUAUUGGAGUCUAAUGUUGUUAUUUAAGACUCACUAAAAGAGCAGACCCUGUAUGAUGAUUGUGAUGUAACAUUUGCUCACAUUUUUCUACAGAAUAUCAUCAAGCUUUGUCUUCACUGAACGGAGUGUAAAUGUGGUGGCUACACCCAUCAGGAAAAAGCUCUGCUUCCUCCAAUUCUCUCUGUUUACAUACCGGAUUGUUUCUUCCUGUGCCCUUAGUCAGCAGCAAUAGCAUUCUGCACCAGAGGAGCUCCAGAAAGACUACCGUCCUCCUCACCUCAGGGUGAGACUCACAUUUAUUUCUCCAUUCAUUCCAAACUAUCAAGGUGGUUCAACUCUUCUGAGAGUAACGGCAGUUUGCCAUUACCACAUUCCUCAGUGACAAUGUUUCUGUGGGCAGGAAGUAAAGCCCCGGAUGGAAGAAGUGACCGCAAAUCCAUUUACCAGAGGAUCCGAGACUACGAGGUCCUGGACAGAAGGAAGACGGUGACGGCUCUGAGGGCAGGAGAGGACAAAGCCAUACUACUGGGCCUUAGCAUGAUCUUCUUCUCUGUCAUGAUGUAUUUUGUCCUGGGCAUCACCAUACUGCGCUCCUACUCUGACAGUCCGUGGACACGUGAAGAUACUUGUACCAUUCUGAACGCCACCAUCAUGUGGGAUGUGAACUGUUCAUACAGCUGUGGAGCAGAGUGCUGGAAGAAUUCCCGCUAUCCCUGCCUCCAGGUCUACGUCAGCCUCAACUCAUCAGGAAGAGUGAUUCGUCUGCUUCACAACGAGGAGACUCAGGAGAACAACCCGGAGUGUUUCUACAUCCCACGAUGCCGGAAGGAUUACGCUGCCACGCACUCCACAGUUCAGAGCAUUUCUGAGCGUCUCAGGUCCCAGCACAUCAUUCAGUGUUUUGUUGACCCCACAGACACAACGCACAGCGCCAUUUCCACCCAGAUUUACGGCAGAGUUGCUGUCUUUCACUCCCUGUUCUGGCCAACCUGCACCUUGGUCGGAGGGAGCGUCAUCAUCGCCAUGGUGAAGCUGACCCAGUAUCUGUCCAUCAUGUGUGACAGACUAAGCCGCAUCAAGAGGUGAAGGGAAGUGCUCGUUAAAUUACAUAGAAAGGGGACAAGAAAGGAGAAAAAGAGACUAGAAAGCUUGGACUUGGUCUGUCUCCGACCACUGGACUGCUGUUCAGUUUCCAGCUGAACCUCCUGGUGGAUGAAGCUGAAUGAUAAACUUUGAAAUGUUCAUGUUUAAACAAA